AUGAUCCAGCAGAUCAUAAUUCUCUACGUUGCAACUAUGUUACUCAUUAUAGUAACCAUCAAAACCAGUCAGACUCUUGAAUCUCGUAUGUACUUCUUUCUGAGCUAUUUGUCCUUCUACGAUGCCUGCUUUUCCACCACCACGACCCCAAAAUUGCUCGUCAUCACCCUCUCUGAGAAAAAGACCAUCUACUUCAAUGACUGUAUAACCCAGAUCUUUGCCCUCCAUUUCUUCAGCUGCUUGGAAACACUGAUCCUCAUUAUGAUGUCGCACGAUCGCUAUGUGGCCAUCUGCAAACCCCUGCAUUACACAGCCAUCAUGAACAGGCGUGUCUGUAGCAUCUUGGUGGGAAUAGCCCGGUUUGGGUCUUUUCUGCAUUUUUCUACCCAGCUUUUACUCACUCUCAGUUUACCCUUCUGUGGCCCUGAUACCCGGCCUCAGAUCACCUUCUCUGUGGAUAAAUCAGUGUCAGUAUUCUACACAAUUGUUACUCCCUUGUUAAACCCUUUGAUCUACACUCUGAGGAACACAAAAGUGAAGAAUGCCAUGAGGAAGGAAUCCCAGUUGUUGAGAAGGAGAAAUUUGAGUUUCUAUAAACUCAGCAUUUCUGUAGCUCCAAGAAAAGAAUUGGAAAACAUAGCUGCACCCUCUUCUGUUCCUUCCAUCUACCUCUUUCAUAAUCAGACCCAUAGAAUUUGA